GUUUCUGCUAACAUCUCACCUAAAGACCAGGAGAUUAUGUCAUACAUCACUGUGAUUGGCUGUAGUCUUUCUCUGUUAACCCUGAUCAUCACUGUUCUGCUCUUCAUCACAAAUAGAAAAGCCAGAGCAGAUCUCUCUAUGAAGGUCCACAUCCACCUCGUCAUUGCCCUGAUCCUGCUCAACCUGCAUUUCCUCCCUAGCCAGGCAUUGGCACUGUCCUCCACUGGCUUUUGCUUUUACAUGGCCCUUUCUCUUCACUACUCCCUUCUGGCCACACUCAUCUGGAUGUCCCUGGAGGGGUUCCACCUCUACCUUCUCUUAGUCCGAGUCUUCAACAUCUAUGUCAGGAAAUACUUACUCAAACUCAGCGUGGUGGGAUGGGGUAUCCCAGCAGUCAUUGUGGCCCUGGUGGUCAUCAUUGACAGAAGCUCGUAUGGACGUGUCCCUCUGGACUCAGCUAACUCCAACAGCACCGCAAUAUGCUAUAUAGUCAAUAACACAGUGAAGAUGGUGACUACAGUUGGAGUAUUUUGCUUGGUGUUCAUCUUUAACAUGUUCAUGUUAGGGGUGACAGUCAGAAGCAUUGUGAUUCUCCGCCGGAGCAAAGAGUUUGGGCCACAGGACCAUGACAGAGCCAAGCGAGACAUCUAUACCCUGCUGGGGAUCACCACUCUGCUCGGCAUUACCUGGGGCCUGGUCUUCUUCUCAUUUGGCUACCUGACCACUGCUGGCCUCUACCUCUUCUGCAUCCUAAACUCACUGCAAGGUUUCUUCAUCUUCCUGUGGUUUGUGAUGUCUCUGAGAAAAACUGGAAAACCGGCUACUACGGGGAGUAGUGAAACACGCAGCACCAACAGCUAAGCCUAAACCCAACACACCAAGACAUUUAUUCUUGUGUGUGUGUGUGUGUGUGUGUGUGUGUGUGUGUGUGUGUGUUGUGUGUGUGUGUGUGUGUGUGUGUGUGUGUGUGUGUGCCCUUAAAUUAUUAAUUAUUAGAUCAUUAUGUUUAAUGCCAACAUGUAACAGAGAAGCAAGCAUGAUAGUUAGAGCUAGCUUAUAUUAGGCAUUUAAUUAACUUUAACUAAAAAGCCAGAACCUAGGGUCUGAAGCAUGUACUGUCUUGGUGAGAUUGUCACAGCCUGAUGAACUCAUGCCAUCUUCAGCUUUCUUUAUACAAAAACUUGCAGAAUAGAAGUUGAGAGGAUAUCAUUUAUGUCAGUCACUAUGGUGCCCAGUGCGAGUGUAACCUGCAAUUGUGUCGAUUCAUCGUCACUUAUUUGGUCACCAUCCAUUCCCAUCCUUAAUUCAAGCACACAGCGACACAGAAAGGAUGGUUCAGAAUUUUCACCUUUUUAAUUUUCGGGCAGCAUGACACAGGUCUUUACCAUCUCACUUCUUUUAGUGGAAGUUUCAGCAGAGAAUCGUGCAGUGAGGAGAUUCCAGAAUAAUCCCAUAAUGACUAAAAAUAAUGUAGUCUGGAUCAAAGACAAAAAUUAAAAGUUGGAAAAAAAUCAAUUGCAAUAAAUCGCAGAACAUUGCAAUAUGUUUAAAAUCACAAUAAUAUCGUAUUGUGGCAUAAGUAUCGAGAUGUUAUGAUAUCAGGAGGCGUCUGGUGAUUCCCACCCCUAGAGUCCAGCUAAUUUAAAUAGCUGUUUAACAGUUAACUUCAUUAAAUAUUGUAUGUGGCGUUUUGCGGGGUAUAAAUGUUCCACCAAACAUUUUCCUUUCCUAGAGCGUUUUGUCUGCAGCUUAGUGCCGGCCAAAACUAUUGUGAUUGGUUUAGUUUUUUCUCCAAUCCUGGAAUGUAUGUUUGGUGUAGCAAGAUGUUUCUCCACGACGCUGUGGACAUAGGUCUGGCAAUGCAAGACUAGAAAUAAUGCAACAACAAAUGAUGUGUUUGCAAAUGUGUCCACUUGCACUAAAUGAUGCUGAUUGUUUUUUCUGCCUCAAGGCACACAUCCGCUAUUUUGCAUUUUCAGAUGUGAUGUGGGUCUGAUCUGACAUUGAGUGCUGUGAGAGAGCUUAGAUUCUCUCAGAGUGAAGAUUAUGUGUCCUGAGCAUACAGACAAUACAUCUGUUGCAUAUUGUAUUUGGAUUACUGAUUUGUGAAAUGUUCAUCAUAUUAAACUUUAUUCAUGUUUUUCUAAA